CCUAGAAACCAACGAAGUGAAAAGGAUCUCGAUUUCCUCUAUUUUUUGUUCCGAAAUCGAGAGUCCGAUCUAGUCCCCGUUGUAUGUUCCUUCGAGAUCUAUCCAUGGAACCUCAUCCCAAAAGAUCCCGUUUUGAAAACGGUGGAUUUGGAGUAAACCCUAGAGGUUCGGAACAUCAAGACUGGGGCUUCUACCAGCAAAGUAAUGGAGGUGGGGAUCUCGAAUGCAGGCGGUUCAACACGCCUGAAGGUUGCCCUUUUGGAUCGAACUGCAGAUUUCGGCACGUUACAGCUGAUGGCCGAGAUGUAGGACCACCUGGCCUGCCUUCUGGGGGAAGGCCAAAACCCUGCAUGAAAUUCUUCAGUACUUCAGGUUGCCCAUUUGGUGAAUCUUGCCACUUCCUGCACUAUGUACCAGGGGGUCUCAGUUCAUUGGGUCUAAGUCCUGUAGUAUCUCUCUCAGCUGUGUCAGCUGCUGCUUCUCAGAGGAAACAGAUGGGCCCCAUGGGGGACCCAACUGGCAUGGUUAGUGGCUUCAAAACAAAGCUUUGCAACCGGUACAACACUCCUGAGGGCUGCCGGUUUGGUGACAAAUGUCAUUUUGCUCAUGGGGAGAGAGAUCUGCGGCCACCGAACAGUAAUAAUUCUCGAGGGAACAUCCGACGAGGUCCUCCUGGAUUCACUGGUGGGGACUCUAGCUUCACAAACCCAGAUACAGUUGGAAGCUCAAACUUCAAUUCUCAAGGCUAUUGUGAGCCAAGCCCACCUGAUGUUGCAGUUAAUGAUGGUUCUGCUAACUAUGCAGCUGGUCCGGUUGGUGAAAAUGUACAAGUAUAUUAAUGGAGGGUAUUAGAUGGGCACUAUGGUGGGGUUUUAUCAUUGUCGACCAAACUUGCAUAUGGUGGUGUUAUUAUUUCAUCGGAUUGAUGAAUGACCAGAACCUCUAAUGAAGUUUUAUUCAGUCUGGUGGGUGGUAACUGUUAUUUCAGUUUUAUAAGAACCUGUUCUAUUCUAGGAGAAAUUUGUGACAGCAUGGCUCUGGCGUUUAGAAGAACUCGCUUCAGAUCACUCCUACAGAGGGACGAGGUAGAUAU